CAACAAUGGCGGCUUCCACUGUCAAUGUGGAAAGUAUAAGAGGACUCUUGGACGACUGUUUAACAAAGCUGGGCUUUGAAGUGUAUCCUCUAAAGGUUGGUUGGUACAACUCUCUGCUGCCUGCCACUCUGCACCUGUCCUACCCAGAUGACACCUUGGCUAUGGUGGUUCUCAGCACUCCUGCGAUGUUUGAACAAGCCUUCCUGCCCUUCAUGGAGCAGAGGGGCUGCCGGGGGCUUUCUGACCCCAUAGACCAAUGUGUCCGACAGUGUGUCACCUCUGCUGUCUCACAGUGUUUUCCAGAACAGAAAGUCGAUGUGAGGUUCGACUAUGAGCUGCUGCCCAGCAGGAAGCCGAAGUUCUUGGCGCAGACUGCCGCACACGUAUCUGGAGCUACUUUCUACUACCAACAGUCUGACGUCACAGACCAACCGUGGGCUGGAAAAAAAAUGUACGGAGUGUGCGUGCAUCCCAGGUUUGGAGGUUGGUUCGCCAUCAGAGCUCUGCUGGUGUUUGGAGAUGUGACGGUGGGAUCUGAACUGGUGCAGCCUCUUCCUCCUGACUGUGUGCCUUCCAGAGAGGCCAGGAUACAGCUGCUGGAGGCUUUCAACUUUCACUGGCAGGACUGGAGCUACCGAGACAUUGUCCCUCCGGUCCAGACCUACUCUGAGAAACAGAAGGACUACUUCCUCACUCCCCCUGCUCAGCGUUCUUCUCUGCUCAAGGCUUGGGGCUUUCUGCAGAGUGAAGAUGAUCAACCUGAUCCCACCUCAGACACACAGAGUCCAGCGAACGGACACGGCUGAAAACAAAGACCAGCCGAACUGUGGCAGCUUGCGGGAAGCUUCAUUUAUUAUUUAAUUGAAUCCAGAUCGACCAGCUGCAUAUCAACAUGUAAGCUUUCAUGCUGAUUUAAGGCUGUCAGGUUUUGGGUGAAAGCUUAUCAGGGAUAAUAAGCUAAGAAGGGAUACUUGAAUAUUUGUGUUCAGUUUUUCAUCAGAUGUUGCCACUACUUUAAAAAGCCCAUAUUAUGCAGGUUUGCAGGUACAUCAUUUCAUUUGGGGAGUCUGCUAAAAUAUGUUUGCAUGCUUUAAUGUGCCAAAAACACAUUCAUCUUUUCUGACAUUGCUGCAGCACCUUUUUUCACCUGAGCUUCUGCCUCUUUUAGAUCCAGUCUAGUGUGAUCGGUCAACUUGCUCAAUGCAAACAAGCCAGUGUUGGUUACAUAUUGUAACCCCGGAUCUCUGAGUAUAAAAGAUACCACAUAGCAAGAAAAAGAUGGCAGACUACGAAAAAUCUGUUCAUUCUUUGUGUUAACGACGAAGCAAUCUGGCGUUAUGCAAAUGUACUACACAGUGAUGUAAAUAAGGAACAGAAAAAAACCCUGGACUUUAAAUGAGGUGUGUCAGGCUGGUAAGGAGUUGAGUUUUCUGUGGGAAUGACUCCGUUUGACGUUCAUUUAGGCCUGUGUAAGUCUACACGAAACACGAAAGGAAAGCAAAAACCCCAAAAAGCAUAAUAUGGGCUCUUUAAAUCCCAUGUCCUAUUUGCCUGUUUAAUAAGCAUCUCCCUCUGAGCUGUGUUCCUAAAAGCAGUGAUAAACGCAGCUUCUGUUUGUACCCAUCGUUUUUGUUAUGUGUUUGACAGCAGCAGUACCUCUCCUGUUGUUGUUGUUGUUGUAUAACGGAUGAUAAAUAACGUUGAGUGGAUGUUUGCUGAAAGUAGUCUGUCCUGCUCAGCAAAGCAGGACUCAACGUCUGCCGUGUUUUGAAGAGGAACGCACUUUAUAUGCUUGUUUGGCAGAUCUCUUUCAAAGUAUAGAAUGUAAUAGCCUAGAGUAGCAACGGGAACUUUAUUUCAAAGUUUGGGUGAAUCAUAUAUGAACUCAUGGGGUUUUAAAUUUGGAAAAAAUACUUUUUAAAAAACAUUUUUCUACAGUAUUUGAUUUACUGCUGAGGCCUUGACAGUGAAGAAUACAUAGCCAUGUGUUAUGGGAUGAGCCAUAAUUAAAACCAAUCAAGGUGCAACAGUAUUUGUCUUUUGUAUUUUGUGAAAGUAUAAUAAAGAAGAGAAAUGCA